ACUGUGCUGUGCUGUCAAACCGUACCGAACGUAAACAAAUUAUUUUCCGGUCAUCCAAACAAAAUAAACCUUUGCGGUAACGCCGGAGUAUUCUGAAACCAAUCGUACAAAAUACAAAAGGAAAAUCGGAGCAAUACAAACGUUAAAAGUGUUUCAGGAACAGUAUCCUCGACGAAAUAUUUUCAUUCGUUCUCCUUCACUGCCACGAGUGUUGCUGCCCUCCAUCUUGUCUCUAGAAGAUGGUUGCACCAAACUUUCACUCGCACCUCGCACAGGUGGAAGUGUGCGAAGUGCUGUACAAUAUUCGCGUACUAAAGAUGAAGGAAUCGGUGUUCAUCUACAUCGGCCAGGAUAAGGCGGAAUCGUUUGACGAGAUGGCAGUGGCGAUGCCAAACGCAAGCAACACAGCGGAGGUGCUCGGUACCACAAUCAUUGGCCCACCGGAUGGUAGUGGCGCACAGGAUUUAGCGCAGCGAGUUGCCAAAAAGCUCAGGAAACAGGUGUACCUCAGCCUUGGAUCAUCCGUCCCGAACGACCGUAUCGUGCGGCCGUCCAUCGAGAAGAAAAUAUUUGACGAUAUCAAAAACAAUAUUGAAUGUUUUUGAGGGACGACGACGGAACUGGUGUCUCGGAGCAAUGGAAUUACAUUAUAGAGAGAGAGGAAGAGCUACAGCUACACUCACUAUACCUCAUAGGAGGAGGGAUCGCUUUUUACGUACGUUAGGCGUGUGAUUUUUACAAAUGCUUUGCUAAGGAAUUAUCAGAUUAUUGCUGUGCCGUAUAAUAUUUUUUGAAAAUAAAUACACGCAUAAGCCGGAAUAAAUGAAUCAACUCAAGCAGCAGGCUUCGGCUUAA